AUGAUGCAGAGCCGCGUGAGAUUGACCAAACCUCUCGCGCGAUGCGCGCGCGCGUUCAGCGCUCAGCCGUCGCCCUUCGACGCCACCGGCGACGCCGUGGACGCGCUGAGAAACGAACUCACCAAAACCUGCGACGAGGUUGUGGCGGCCGGCAAAAAAUUAAACUGGGUCUUCUUAGGCGCCCCCGGCGUGGGAAAAGGGACGUACGCGUCGAGAGUGGCGAAACAAAUGAAGAUCCCGCACGUGUCCAUGGGUGAUUUAGUCCGCGCGGAGAUCAAGGGGGAGACGGCGAUCGGAAAGGAGAUGCGCGCGCUCGCGGCGGCGGGCGCGCUCGUCCCGGAUGAGACGGUGUUGGAAAUUUUGAGGUUGCGAAUCGAAAAGGGGAAGAAAGACGGCGAAAGAGGGUUCUUGCUCGAUGGGUUCCCGCGAACGGUGCCGCAGGCGGAACGGUUGAACGACAUGGUGGAGGUGACGUCGGCGCUGAACCUGACGCUUCGCGAGGACAUCUUGGUCGAAAAAUGUUGCGGACGACGCGAGUGCGGGGAGUGCGGCAAGGCGUUUAACAUCGCGGUAAUUCGAAGCGAAAAAGAAGGUGAGCCCACGAUCGUGAUGCCGCCCCUGAACCCGCCCGAGGCGUGUCUUGGAAAGAUGACGCAACGUGCGGACGAUACGGAGGACGUCGUCCGCGCGCGCCUGGACGUGUACAAGAAAGCGACGAUCCCAGUCGAGGAGUACUACCGAAAUAAAGGUCUUCUGAGCGAAUUCCCAAUCAUGGGGGGGAUUCCCGAGACGACGCCGAUGCUUCUUAAGCACAUCAUCGACAUCCUUCGUCGACGGUGA